UUUUGAUACAUUUUGGCAAUUUGAUCAUGAAAUACUCAUAUCAUAAAAUAAAUGGCUGAAAAAUUUUGUGGUGGUUCUUGACUCAUUGAGGAUUAUUUAUAUGUAAAUUUCAUGAAUUUUUGAUACCUGGUCAGAGAGCAGAAAAUUCUGGAACUUAGGUGUGACAAUUUGUGUCACACCUCUUGAUGUCAACUUGUUGAAUUUAAUUGGAUAACCUAUGCAUGUUAGAAUUGAAUGAAAUUUUGCAUGAUGACUUGUUGACAUGUUAGGAUGCUUGAUGAAUUUUUGUAGGAUUUUUCACUGUAUUUUCAAUUUAAUCUUGAUUUUUCAUUUCUGGUUGUUGAAAUUGCAAGCUCAUGUGAUACAUGUUGGUAGAUUGAUUGGGAAAUCCUCAUAUUGUAUUGUAUGGCCAUGAAAUUUGAUAUGCAUGAACUAGACACGUUGUGUGACCUCCCUGUUUUGGUCUCAUCCAUUUCUUUUUUGUUUUCAAUGAGAUAUGAAUUUUUGAAUUGGAUGUAUGCAUUGAUGGUGUGAAUUGAAGCACGAAAUUGUGUCUGUUUUUGUUGAUUUUCAUUGACAUGUUGCCAUUUGCCCAAUUGAGCUCAAAUUUGACAUGGUAGACCUUGAAUCCCCCCUGUUUAGGUGUAAUUAAUUUGAGAAAUUUUGGAUGUGUUUUGGUAUGGAUUUGAAUGCAAUACUUCUGUUUGUAUGUUUGAUGCUUCAUUUGAACCAAUAUGGAUUGUUUUGUGCAUGAAUUGAACAUGAUGGAUGAUAUAAACAUGAGACCAAUGAUGUUUGCUCUUGUUUGAUGAUAAUUUGAUGUUGGAUGGUGGAUACCUUGCUGUUUUAAGUUUUUCUUGCUUUUGGACCCUAGGCUUGGCCUAGUGGUCUAGUUGCUAAUAUUUGCUUGAUUUUUCAGGAUCAAAAAGCAAGGCACAUGGAUAAUGGUCCAAAUCAAUUUUGAUUGAUGUUGUUGAUGUUGGUAUACUAAUAUAACAUUGUUUUGUAGGUUGUGGAGCUUGGGGCUUGAGCCUUGAGCUUGCUUUGUGUUAUAUUGUUUAAACUGUUUGAUUGUUUGCUGUAUAGUUUGUCUAAUUGAGUACUGACUGAGUUUGAUUGUUUCCAGGUACUUUAGUUGCUCAGUUCCUUGUGAACUAUUGCUUUGCUUUGCUUUGCAUAAGCAACUUGCAUUGAGGAAUCAUUGCUCGCGCUCGUAGAGUCAUCCCUUUGCACUCAACCCGACCUCACAGAUAUUACACCAGACGCAAUACUCCUCGACUGAUGGAUCUUCCCAACGCUGACAUUCUCGAGCUGAAAGAGAAGAUGGGAGAGCUGAUCAGCGUCAUGCAAGAGUUUGCCUUGGGGCAGAAAGUAAUUGCCGAAAAGGUGGGGAGGAUUGAAGACUGGCUGAAGAUGGGGAACAUGCAAGGAAACGCUUCGUCAUCUGGACCGAAGAAAUCCUUUGGUAACGACCAACGCAAGGAUGAGGGUGGAUCGAGUGCUGUAUACGCCCAGAGAGGACACGGUAGGGGUCGUUACUACCAGCACACUGCUGCAGUAACCAUCCCUGCUGGUAAUCGGGCAGUCCGACAGCAACCUCAGACUAAUCCCCAGAAGAUACAGGGAGCUGGGAGUCAAGUGAAAGGAAAGGGGGUUGAUCGCCAUUUUGACAAGCCACCCAUGCCAUAUGCUGCUCUGUUUAAAAAGUUGAUGGAUCUGGGGAUGGUUCAGCCAAGGACGUUAGCUCCAUUGAGAGCAGAUCAGUGGCCACCAAACUAUAAUGAGAACGCCAGGUGUGAAUUUCAUUCUGGUACGCAGGGGCAUGACAUUGAGGGUUGUAGAGCCUUUAAGCAUACUGUUCAAGACCUGCUGGAGUCCAAGGCCCUCCAUUUUUCACUAUUGACAGAUGUUAAUGCUAAUCCCAUACCGGCGCAUGGUCAGGCGAUGGGGAAUGCAAUUACUGAAGAUUCAGAUUACACCCGGGCAGUGGGUAAAGAAACUAACAGUGACUGGGGAAUUGAUCAGUGGAUAAAAUCGUGCGUGCCAGGGAGCUGGAAGGCCUAAAAGAUCAACAUUGUUACUCGUCUGGAAGAGUAUUAUUUCUUGUUUUCAGUUUAUUUGCAUGAAAGCCAUACGUGUUGCCCGACACGCAAUGGUCCAUUGUAAGGGCCACCUCAUGUUUAAAUUUGCAUUUCUGCAUCAUGAAUAAAAGGAUGUUUUUCAGUCAAAAAGCGGCAUUCCCUGUUUUUCAUUUAUUUUUGCAGUUUAAAAACAAAAUAAAAAUGGCAAUGUUUAUUUUCAUUUUUAUCUUUUUGUUUUGUCUCGUUCCGACUUCAAAAAAAAUUCUUCUCCGGAUCUCAUUGAUAACAAUUUGGUUACCUCUCAUAUGACUUCGACAAACCGAUCUAUCUUGCUGAAGAAGAAGACGAAGAAGAUUGUGAUCUGUUGGGAUUGGCCAGAUUGCUGAAAACAAGAGGAGAAGGUGAUUCAGCCGCCUGUGGAGCAGAUUGAGAUUGUUAUUCCACGCACCGCCGAGGUCAGGAAGGAAUUGAAAUUGGAGCCGCCUCAGAGGCAAGUCAAGAGCAGAAUGGUAGCCCUGUUAAAAGAGCAUGUGGAUAUUUUCGCUUGGUCGUGUCAGGAUACGCCAGGGUCGAACACCGAUAUCGUUGCUCACAAGCUACCACGGAGAGAAGACUGUCCUCUUGAGAAGCAGGGCGCCGAUGCCGCGUAUCAGGGUGACUUUGUUUCAUGAUAUGAUUCAUCAUGGAAUCAGAUGCUAUGACAUGAUAGCAAAGUCCCAGUCAGAAGAGGGGCAUCUGGCAGACUGGGGGCAAGUCGUUUGACCAGUGGAGAUAAUUCAGACUGAGGUUGAAUUAGAAUGAGUGCACUAUCAGAGUGC